GGAACCUGGGUGCGGGGCGGAGGCGGGGGUGGGGGCGGCGGUGCUAUAAGAGGGCCGCCCUGCGCAGGGCUAGACAGGCUUGGCUCCCAACCUCGUCUGGAGCCCAGAUCAGAUCAGAUCCACUGGCAGCCCCAGCACAGAAGGCCCCUCCUCCGUGGCAGCCACAGAGGCUCAGACAGGACACAUGGCAGGUCCCCUGCUCCAGCCCCUGCUGCUCCUACUGCUGUCCUUUGCCCUGGGAUCUGCUAGACAAGCAGGAAAGAAUGCGGGGGACCGGAUUAUCGAUGGGGUUCCAUGUCCAAGAGGCUCCCACCCCUAUCAGGUGGCCCUGCUCAAAGGCAAUCAGCUGCACUGUGGAGGCGUCCUGGUCAAUGAGGAGUGGGUGGUCACCGCCGCCCACUGCCAGAUGAGCGACUACAACGUGUACAUGGGCAGCUUUCGGCUCAACAGCAGAAAAGGCCAGAAGAUCAAGGCCACGGAGUCCUUUGUCCACCCCCAAUACUCCACACAGACCCACGAGAAUGACAUCAUGCUGGUGAAGCUGAGUGAGUCUGCCAAGCUGACGUCGGCCGUGAGGAAAGUCAACCUGCCCACCCAGUGCGAUCCGGCCGGGACCCCGUGCACCGUUUCCGGCUGGGGCACCAUCACCAGCCCCGACGUGACCUUCCCGGCGGAGCUCAUGUGCACGAACAUCAGGCUCAUCACCCCCCAGAACUGCAAGAGGAUUUACAAGGACCUGCUGGGGAAAUCCAUGGUGUGUGCCGGCGAACCCAACUCGAAGACCAACGCCUGCAAUGGUGACUCAGGGGGACCACUGAUCUGCCAAGGCACCCUGCAAGGCCUGGUGUCCUGGGGCGCGUUCCCGUGUGGCCAACCCAACAGCCCCGGUGUUUACACCCAAGUCUGCAAGUUCACCGACUGGAUCAAUGAGACCAUAAAAAACAACAGCUAAUCUCUCCGAGCUCCCGUCUCUCCAGCUCUAUGCCUUGAAACCGGAAAUUGACAGAAACCAGGACAUCCGUGACCUGCCGUCAGAGUGGACUUGACCUUUGCUCAAAGUCAUAGUAAAACCUCAACCAUAGGAGACGUGGGUAAACCAAUGGAAAUCAAGCCAAACGCUAAGAUUUCAAAAACAAACAGCACCACCACCACCUCAGUGCUGGCAGAGAUGCCGCGAGACCAGGAGCCUCAACCACCGGAACUGUCCAUUGGUCAAAUCUAUUCGGGAGGCACUUGGGCAAGGUAGAGCGAGACACUUGCUCAUCACCUUGGGUCUGGAAAUUCUGGUAAAAUCCAAAACGUGGAGCAAGGUUUGAAUUAGUAGAACCUUUAUGCAAACAAAUAAAUAAAUCUGGGAGGAGGAUGUUAAUGAAGCUGUUCUGGAUAAUAAUCACGCAGAGUUGCUCCGUGUCGUGCAAGAAUGCGUAGGCUACCUGGCGAUAAAUGAAAACGAAAUGAAUGUAUAGGCAUGCGACCGUCACCGUGUACAUUGGAACAGUCACAGAAUAAAGAGCAUGUGCCAAACUGCC